AUUCUUUCCCCCCCUCUUUCUCUCCCUUAACUUUCUCCUUAAAUUAUGAGUAUAUAAACCCUUUCUUCAAUCUUCAUGUCUUUGUACAUCCCCCCGCCCCCUCCCUUUCUCAUAUCUUUUCUCCCUUCUCAACACUUCUUUUUCAUGUCCCCCUUUCUCUAGAGAGAAACUAAAAAUCUUUCACAGUUUUCAUCAUCCCCAUGUCUUUAUCAACAUUUUCAUCAUCAUCAGAUAUGACUAGCGUUUUUGCUGAUCAGCAGCAGCAACACAAGUUUCACCUGCUCAGCUACCUCAACAAGAAGAGCCCUAGGGAGAUUGAGAUCCCACCAAGAAAGCUUCUCAGCCGCCGUGCUGCCGCCUCCGGGGCCAUGCAUCUUGAUAGCGGUGACAUGUUUAUGGAUUCUCCCAAAGCUGAAGAAGCCCUUCUUCAGAAAUUCUUGCCUUACAACAACAUUGAUGAUGAUGAUGCUGAUCCUUACUCAUCCGAUCAUUUCAGAAUGUACGAAUUCAAGGUCAGGAAGUGCACUCGCAGCCGUAGUCAUGACUGGACAGACUGCCCUUUUGCUCAUCCGGGCGAAAAGGCCCGGAGGAGGGAUCCCCGAAGGUAUCACUAUUCUGGAACUGUUUGCUCUGAAUUUCGCCGUGGAAAUUGCAGCCGCGGCGACAACUGUGAGUAUGCUCAUGGUGUUUUUGAGUGUUGGUUACACCCUUCUCGCUAUCGGACCGAGGCAUGCAAAGAUGGGAAGAAUUGCAAGCGAAAGGUCUGUUUUUUCGCUCAUUCUCCUCGCCAGCUACGUGUUUUGCCUGCCAAUUGUCACGAAACCGCUUCAUCUCCAGUGAAUUCUCCUGUUGAAAAGCAGCAGCAGCACCACAGGAAUGUGAACCAUUGCUGUAUGUAUUGCCAUUCUGUUGCUGCUUCACCUACCUCUACUCUGAUGGGGAUAUCCCAUUUGUCUCCGCCGUUGUCUCCACCGCUUUCGCCGCCGAUCUCACAGGCGAAAGCGGCCCAGUUUUCUCCUGUUUCGAGGUACAAGGAUCAUUUUGCAAGCGUUGAGCCAUGCGGGAUGGUUCAGUUUAGUUCUGGUGGGUUGAGUUACAAAGAUGCAUUAACAGAGUUGAUGAGCUCUAUUGAGGCCAUGCGCGUGAAGGAGUCUUCAUCCCAUGCAGCUGCAAGUAAUAACGGGAUUAGUUUACCAUGGCUUGAUGUGAAUUUCAAUGGUGAUGAUCAGCAGCAGUUCAUUCUGUCUCCUUCAACCCCAAGUCCAGGGACAAGCAAUUUCCUGAGUAGGAAUUUUCCAAGCAGGAAUUUUAUUGAAGAAAACAAGUACACUGAAAAUGGCCUGGCUGGACCUGAUCUGGAGUGGGUCAAUGAUCUCUUGACCUAAAUAUAUGUGCCAAAACCAAAUGGACCACUAUCUUGAUUUGUGGCCAUGAUCAGGAUGAUGAUGAAAAAUUGGAAGGAGAAGGAAGAUAAAUGAUUUUUGUAUAUAGUCCUUUUGCCAUCCACACGAAUCAGCUGAAGCAUUAAUUUUGUGUGAGAUCGGAAUUUGGGGGACUUGUGAUUUUUUUUUAUUAGCUGAAAACUUGGUUUGGGAACCUUUUUUUUUUUUUUUCCUGAUGCAUCUAUUGUUCAAUUUUAAUUGUCGAAUUCUGAGUCUUUCUAGUGUUAAUAUUUCGAUGUUAAUUAAGUUGUAUUUGUAAGAGAAACUUGGAAUUGCUUAGAUGUUUUGAUUAACAUGCAACGAACAAGUGAAUUCUGAUCAAUUCCAUUGAUGUCUUUCAUCU